CAUUGCAAAUGAGCCAUAGUGAUGCUUUUAUUUCGUACACAGGCUGCUGCAAGGCAGAUUAUGAAAGUAGUAUGGGUAGAACAGUGUUCCCAUAUAGCAAUGGUGGAAAAAACAGGUUUCAACGAGGAUGUGGUAGAUGGCGAAGAAGAGCAAGGAGAGAAGAGGAAGAAAAGGACGUGGAGGGGUAGUGGUCAACACAAACAGCGCACGACGUCUUUCUGCUCGUCUGCUUCCCUUCCCUUCUUCUGUUCUUCUUCUCUUAUGCAAAACCCCCACCACC